GUUGAUUUUCGAACUGACUGCUCCACUCCGGCACUUUCAUCAUGUCUGACUUGGGCACUCGGCUUGGAGAGCAUGCCGGACUCGUCGCUCGAGCAGCGCGACACCACUACUCCAACGCCAAGACUGAGUUGUACAAAGCAUUCGAUGAUGCAAAACUAUCGCCAAAAGCAAUCCUAUACACCGGCCUCGUCUUCGUCACGUGUAUCUGGCUCACCCUAUCAUUCACACGUCACGUGCGCAACACAAGAAGAAAGAACCAAGCAAACAACAACGAACCCAGUACCCCGAAUCUAGAAAAGCGAUCCCCAUUCCGAGCACCCGACCGAACAUUCGGAGUAUGGCACCCCCACCCCUUCACCCGCCCCACCGCCUCCCCUUACCCAAACUGGUCCCUAACAAACACCCCACCCCUACCCUACCGCCCCUUCCGCCACGGCCCCAAAUACAACAUCACCAUGGGCCUCCGCAGCAUGCCCUGGGACGCCUGGAUCGAACUCGACUCGGACUACCUGCACUACCACUCUCUCAAAGCGACUCGCAUCGCAUCCCGCGGCGACCAAUGCAUCCGCACCGCGCCUGAAGCGGCGGAUGCGGCGCGCGAGCUGGCUGAGGAACUGGUUGCGUAUCUGCCGGAGCGGUAUCCCACUUUAUUCUCCAAGACGGAGACUGGAAUGCGGAAUUUAGCCACGCAAGAGGUGUUUGAUGUCCAACGGCUGGAAAGGAAUGGGGAGAGAGAGGAUGCGAUGAGUCUUUGUGCGCGGAUGGUGCAGGAUGAUCUUGCGAUUAUGAUGGAGAGGGAGGACGGGCAGUAUUAUCUUGUUGCCGGGGCGAUUUUGUUGCCUGGGUUUUGGAGGUUGGGGGAUAAGUUUGGGAUGGGGUUGAGUGAGAUUCAUACGAGUGGGGAUGUGCCGGGGUUCAGGGAGAAACUGGAAAAAGGCAUGGUCAACUUCUUCCGUCGGAUUCAGCCUCAGAGCCCCAUGCUACGCAAUAACUACUUUAUCCAGGUAGACGAUGGGCUAGCGUGGAGCGAGAGUAUAGGAAGUGAAGAUGCUACUGCCGAGGGAGAGGUAGGAUGGUUUACGGCGGAGAAGAACAAGGCGAUUGAGCAUCACUACUUCCGGAGCGAACGACAAAGUUUGAGACGACUACCCAGGUCCGGUGGUGUCGUGUUUACUAUACGAACUUAUAUGCGUCCAAUCACAAGCCUUGCGGAGGAACCAUGUGUCCCCGGCCGACUAGCUAGCGCCAUCCGGUCUUGGGGCGACGAUGUCAGCCGGUACAAGGGCAAGGAGAGGUAUGGCGAUGUUCUGCUCGAGUACCUGGACAGGAAGCAUGCCGAGCAAAAAGAGCGCGGAGUCGUUGUUGAGGGGGAGGAAGAGACAGAGAGUGCGUAUCCCUUCUAGAAACGGAAGGGGGAUAAAGUUUAAAGUGCCGAUCUGGUCCACCGUGUAAUUUGCUAUGCACAUGCGUUUUGCCGCGACGUUGUGUGUAACAGGGUCUCAUGGCAAGUAGUAGCAUUAUCAAAUUUCAAUGGUAGAGCACGGAUAGUAAGUGGGUAGUCACUUACUAAUGGAUAGUCACCCGCCCCGACGUCGGUAGCCAAGAAGUCCAUGUUUCCGGAGAGGGAAUCAUGUCGACUUGAUUUGGUGAGGGGGUGUUUGGCUUGUAUUCGGGCCGGACCCUUUUGGAGCGAACUCGAGUAGUUCUGCAGCUUAUGCCCAAGGCGGGCCAG